AUGGCAUUUCUGAGUAAUCAUUCAUCACUAGAACUCCUGCUCGCCGCGAGCUUCAUACUCCUUGCUUCGCUUGCUGCUAAUGGUGAUGAAAUUUUCUAUGAGUGGAGGGUUGCAAUUGACAAAAAAAUCAAACCAGUGUCUGCAGAUCAACCUGUUAUUACCAUCAACGGAAUGUUCCCUGGACCCCUUAUCAAUGCCACCACAAAUGACAAUAUUCAUGUCAAUGUGUUUAAUGAUAUGGAUGAGCCUCUUCUAUUUACAUGGAAUGGGAUUGAACAGAGGUUAAACUCAUGGCAAGAUGGAGUGUCAGGAACAAAUUGUCCAAUCCAACCUGGGAAAAAUUGGACUUAUCAGUUUCAGUUGAAGGACCAAAUUGGGAGCUUUUUCUACUUCCCUUCUCUUUAUUUCCAGAAAUCUGGGGGAGGGUUUGGUCCUAUUAGGGUUUAUAAUCGUAUAAUCAUUAGUGUGCCCUUUCCUAAACCAGAGGCAGAGUAUGAUCUUCUCAUUGGUGAUUGGUAUCCAAAAAGUUACAAGGAGGUUAGGUCCAUGAUGCUUAACGGUUCUACCCCUCUUAUUUCCCCUGAUAAGAUGCUACUAAAUGGCAAAGGCCCAUAUAUAGAUCCUUCUACCAAAUCCUAUGAGUCAUUCACAUUCACACCAGGAAAGACAUACAGGUUGAGGAUAUCCAAUGUGGGGAAUGUGUGGAGUUUCAAUUUCAGGAUACAAAAUCAUAAAAUGUUGCUGGUUGAAACUGAAGGAUCAUACACUAAUCAGAUAACAUUUGAUUCUUUGGAUGUGCAUGUUGGGCAAUCCUACUCUGUUCUUGUCACAGCUGAUCAGAAAGCAGCUGACUAUUAUAUUGUGGCAACUCCUAAAAUGGUUAAUGUUGAUAAAAUCAGCAGUCUUGCUGCUAUAGGGGUGCUACAUUAUGCUAAUUCUACUACAAAUGCUACUGGACCUCUUCCAACUGGUCCUGAUCCUUUUGAUUUGCAAUUCUCCAUUAAUCAAGCUAAGUCAAUCAGGUGGAAUAUGACAACAGGAGCUGCCAGGCCCAACCCACAAGGAACCUUCAAUGUGACCAAUGUGACAUUAUCACAAACAUUUAUCCUGCAUGGAUCAAAAGCUGAGAUUGAUGGUGUAUCCUCUUAUACAGUCAAUGAUGUCUCCUACAUUACACCAACGACCCCAUUAAAGCUUGCUGAUCACUUCGGAAAUUGGUCUGAUGUUUUUCAACUUGAUCAAUUUUCCACUAAUUCUUCAAAUGGUAGCCCCAAACAUGGUGUUUUUGUUGCUUCUGGAGACCAUAAAGGAUGGAUAGAACUUGUUUUCAUGAAUGAUUUGGAUGUUAUGGAUUCUUGGCACUUGGAUGGCUUUGGCUUUUUUGUUGUCGGAUAUGGUGUAGGAGAUUGGACAAAUCAUUCGCGCUCUACUUAUAAUAUUUAUGAUCCUGUAGUUCGUUCUACAGUUCAGGUGUACCCUAAAGGAUGGACUGGUGUUUAUGCAUAUCUAGAUAAUCCUGGGAUGUGGAACUUGAGAUCACAAAAUUUGAGAAAUUGGUACUUAGGCCAAGAGCUCUACUUAAGAGUUUAUGAUGCUGACCCCAAUCCUGCCAAAGAGCGACCACCCCCAGAUAACCUUCUUCUUUGUGGAAAAUUUAGCAAUUUAAGUCCUCCUCCUCCUCCACCUAAUGCCCCUGCAUCUGCUCCUCCUCCACCUAAUGCCCCUGCGACUGCUCCUUCUCCUUCUCAUGCGUCACCUCCUCCUCCUCCUCCUGCAUCAACUCCUCCUACUUCUCAUGCAUUAACUGGACGAAAAGCAUGGUUCCACACCAUUAUGAUGCUGAUUAUUGCAUUUCUUUGCAUGGGCAAGCAGUAG